AAAAAAAAAAAAAAGAAAAUCUAGAACCCAAGUCACCGCUCUGGAACUUUCUGCUCCCUUCUCGACACCUCCUUUUCUAUGUGUGCUUUAUAAAACACCCAAAAUUUGGACUCCUUAAAUCUAACAGGCGAGUACUGCAUCCCAACGAUCAAGAUACACUCCAUCACUGAAAACAUGGCAUCACUGAUUGCUCUAAGGAAAGCAACCGCUUCUGCUCUCUUCUCCAAGCUCAUCAAUCCUGUCCGCUCUGCCUCUGUGGCACCUUCUGUUUCUCGCUCCUUCAGCACUGAAACCCAGGUCACCAACUUUGGCGGCGACGAUAGUGGCAACGUCGACGUUAAUAGGCGCUCCUCUGAUCGCAGCGUCUCUCGCCGCCGAGAUACUUCUCGCAGUUUCUUCCCAGAUGUGGUCGACUCAUUUUCUCCAACGAGGACUCUGAGCCAGGUGUGGAACCUAAUGGACCAGUUAAUGGAGUACCCGUUGGGCGUGGGAGCCGGAGGUGGCGUUGGUGCGAGGCGAGGGUGGGACGUGAAGGAGGACGAGGAAGCUCUGUAUCUAAGGAUGGACAUGCCAGGGCUAAGCAAACAGGACGUCAAAGUGUGCGUGGAGCAGAACACACUGGUGAUAAAAGGGGAAGGGCCAAAAGAAAACGAAGAAGAAGAGAGUGGAAGAAGGUACUCAAGCAGGCUGGAGUUGCCUCGAAAUCUGUACAAGCUCGAUGAGAUAAAGGGUGAAAUGAGGAACGGUGUUUUGAAGGUGGUGGUACCAAAGGUGAAAGAACCAGAGAGGAAGGAUGUCCAUGAGGUUCAGAUUCAGUGAAGCCGAGUUUUGUGAAAUAAUAACUUUGCUUUUGUACUUUGAUUUAGUGAAUAAUAAUGUUUGGUUUUGUUACUUUGCUGUUCCUGUAAUUUAUCAAAACGUUGCCGUAUAUUAUUGUUA